ACAGUGGCCAACUAAUCACCCGGCUGCCUUUGUGAGGGAAUUCGGCUCGCACCUGCCUGCCACCUGCGAGAGGACAGCUCAUUCCCUGAGGGAUUACAGGCCCCCGGCUAAUCAUUAACGUCUCUCAGGGAUCGAUCGACCAAAAGGCACCCAGGCAAAUAAUUUGCUUGCUUUUCAUUGCUAUUCUGGAGGAGGCGGAAUACUCAGAGAAAUAGCGCAGCAACUCCAGAAUCUACAGCAGGUGGGAUGUCUGAGAACCAAAGGAGAGUUGGCAUUGUGGGCUAUGGACAUUUAGGUCAAUAUCUUGUGCAACGACUCCAGGAUGACGGUCCUCAACAUGGCUUGGAACUGGCCUUUGUUUGGAACCGGGAUGCCAACAAAUUGAAGGGGACAGUGCCGGCAGAGCUGCAGUUGGGGAAGCUGACUGAUUUCUUGGAGCGCCGUGCUGACAUCAUUAUCGAAGUGGCUCAUCCCUGCAUCACCCAGACCCAUGGAGAGUCCUUUCUCAAAACUGCAGAUUUCAUGGUGGGGUCUCCAACAGCCUUGGCAGAUUCAGAGACGGAGCAGAAAUUGCGCAAAGUUGCACAGCAGUCUGGGCACACCCUCUAUAUCCCCAGCGGAGCCCUGUGGGGCGGGCAAGACAUCCAGAGGAUGGACGAAAGAGGGAUGCUUCAGGCAUUGACAGUCACCAUGGUGAAGCACCCUAACAGCUUCCGCCUGGGUGGGCACCUUGGGAAGCUGGCACAGCGUGCCUGUCAGGAGCGCACAGUGCUGUACGAUGGCGCUGUACGAGGAUUGUGCCCCCUAGCCCCGAACAACGUCAACACCAUGGCAGCUGCCUGUUUGGCUGCCCCCAGUCUGGGCUUUGAUGGCGUGAAAGGGUGCCUCGUAGCUGACCCUGACCUUCCUGACUACCAUGUGGUGGAGGUGGAAGUAACCGGGCCCGGUGGCUUCUCUGUCCACACCAGGCGCAAGAACCCAGCUGCCCGUGGGGCUGUCACUGGGGCAGCUACCUUUGCUGCUUUCUGGAGCAGCCUGUUGGUAUGCCAAGGCCACGGAGGCCGAGUCCAUCUCUGUUGAGCCUUCAUUGAUCCAUCUCAAGACACACAGAAGAUACCUGUCGGUGCUGGAGAAGUGGUUACGUGUCAAUGG